GGCUGGGAAUGUUCGCUGGGAAGAAUGCUGUGUGCGCUGAUCUCCCAAGCAGACCGCUCAGUAGCUGUGUGAAGAACGUGCUAAGCGAUCAGCAGUCCCUCCCAGCUCCUCCGCACACUUGCAGGACAUCUGGCGAUCAGUGCCAGCUCCUACUUUAUUGGCAUGAACAUGAGACAAGCAUAGCUCCAGCCCCUUGUGUCUCGGCUCACGUGUCCCGAUGGUCUUGUCAAUGUCCGGGCAGUUGUUGCUUGUGAUUGUUGGCGCUGCCCUCCUGCCCUGCGUUAAAAGUGCGCCCCCCGCUGUCAGCGCUGAGCGGAGCCAAGUAUGGGGACCCGGGCUCCGGGCACAGGCUGUACUGCCUGCCCGUUAUUUCUUUAUCCAGGCUGUGGACUCGCAGGGAAACAAUUUUACCGACUCCCCACCUGUGACAUUUCGAGUCAAUAUUUUUGCCCCCGGGGAGCAGUAUACCAGAGUUGGAGUACAAGUGCUCGACAGAAAAGAUGGAUCAUUGAUCGUGAGGUACAAACUGUAUGCCAGUUAUAAAUCCUUGCAAGUAGAGGUUACGGCAAAUGGCAAGCAUGUUGCCAGAUCUCCAUACAUGUUGGAAGGUCCAAUUUACAAUGAGCAAUGCUACUGCCCUGAAUCAAACAGUGACCUCUGGUUAGGACACAUGACAUGUAAGGAAUCAAUUCCACAAAUCGAACGCAACCUGAGGCACUUCUCCUCUGUGGAUCCUGAUAAGAUUUCUGUGGAGAUACCAGAAAGGUUUGGCCAGCGCCAGAGUUUGUGUCAUUACACAAUUAAGGAUAAUAAGAUAUAUAUUAAAACAUAUGGAGAACAUGUUGGCUUCAGGAUCUUCAUGGACUCUCUUCUUCUGUCGUUAACUAGCAAAGUGAAAGUUCCAGAUAUCGAAUUUUUUGUUAAUCUGGGGGACUGGCCCUUGGAGAAGAGGAAAGGAUCGAACGUUCACCCCAUUUUCUCCUGGUGUGGGUCGACUGAUUCGAAGGACAUUGUCAUGCCUACUUAUGAUUUAACAGAUUCCGUUUUGGAAACCAUGGGGCGGGUGAGUCUGGAUAUGUUGUCUGUCCAGGCAAACACUGGUCCACGGUGGGAAAACAAGAACAACACUGCAUUUUGGAGGGGUCGAGAUAGCAGUAAAGAGAGGCUGGAGUUGGUUAUGCUGGGCAGAAAACACCCUGAGAUGUUAGAUGCUGCCUUUACACACUUCUUCUUCUUCAAACAUAACGAAAGCCUUUAUGGUCCUAUUAGACAGCCGAUAGCAUUUUAUGACUUCUUCAAGUACAAAUAUCAAAUUCUUAUUGAUGGUACAGUAGCUGCCUACAGAGCGCCAUAUCUCUUUGCUGGAAACAGUGUCAUCUUGAAGCAGGAUUCCAUAUACUAUGAACACUUUUACAAUGAACUACAGCCCUGGAAACACUAUGUUCCUUUCAAGAAAGACCUAAGUGAUUUGCUAGAAAAAAUCCAGUGGGUCAAAGAUCAUGAUGCAGAGGCCAAGAAAAUUGCCCAAGCAGGGCAGGAGUAUGCAAGACAUAAUCUAAUGGGAGAAGAUGUAUUUUGCUAUUAUUUUAAACUCUUUCAGGCAUAUGCAAGACUGCAGGUGAACGAACCUAAAAUAAGAGAAGGCAUGGAACCUGUUGAACAGACUUCAGAUAACCUAUUUCCAUGUGACUGUCAUAGAAAUAAGGGCAAAGAUGAACUUUGACACAUAAGUAUAUUACUAUGACAAACUGUGGCUCAUUUCACAGAAGAUGUCGGUAGUUCUCAAGAGCAGUUCAUGGACGUUUUAAAACUUACUUAAUCAUUACUGCUUUUUGUAAUUUUUUGCACAGCUUUUGAUACAGUCUGAAUAUGUCACCAUUAUUGUUUUGUUUACAGAAUAAACAGAUUUGUUUUC